GUUUUAGGCGCUUUUGACGCGCGCGCGUGUUCUAAAGCUUAACCGCCUCGCAGCACGCUCAAGAUGCUGCAUCAUACUCGCUGCUACGCGAUAAAUAACAUCCAAAAGCGAUGAAACGCGCCGCACUGCUCUACAGCAUAAUACACUGCUGCACAGCGCUGUUGGGACCCUGCCGCGACGUUGCGCCACGGACUCGACGCCUCGCUCGUCCGCCAAAUAGGCCGGAAUUCUUGCAGCGGUUCGAGUCCUUGCGCGAGAAUUUCACGCUCGCCUCGCUCCAGCGGCCGCGCAUCGAUUUCACGCUCGAGUCGCUCCAGCGGCCGCGCAUCGCGGCUCCCAAGAUCGACGCUGAGGGCCGGCGGGAGAUCCGACGAAAGCUGGUCCAGACGUCGCGAGUCGUGCGCGUGUUCGCGGGCAAGCAGUUCGAGCGCAACGUGUUCGCGCUGUUCAAUGCGACGGAUGCGAACAACGAUGGAGAGCUGAGCGAGACAGAGGCGUAUCCCAUCGUGCUCCAGCUCUACAUCCUCGCGAACCGCCAGGCGCCGGUGAACCCGCCGUCGCGCGAGAAAGCCGCCAAACUCUUCGAUGACGCGGACCUCGACGGGUCGGGCUCGCUCUCGCGGGACGAGUUCGUCCUCUUCUGUACUAGUCUCCUGGGAAGAACCGCCUACCGCAUCGCGGUAUUCAAUGUGGUGAGAUUCGCCGUCGCGCCGGUGCUGGCCACUGCUGUCGCGCGAAAGCUCAUCAGCGAGAACUGGAUCCUGUCGCUCGAGCCGAACCUGGUGCAGACGCUCUCCGUCGUCAUCUUCGUGGCCUUGCUCGGGAACGUGGCGCUCGCCGCGCUGGACACCGCGGAGCGGCUCCGCGACAACCCGCCGGAAAUUCCCGUGCUCUUCCGGGAGGAGGGCUCUUUGCCCGACUUUAUUGCAGGAUUGCGGCGCCUCGUUCGACGCGACGAGGACUCGUCGGGUUCUUGAAAGUGUGUAUUAUGUGAAUAAGUGGAGUACUA